CUCGCAAAUUUCAUUGAGUUUUUUUAGUAGAUGAUUCGACUUCAAUUCAACGACAUUGUUUUCACUGCACGGUUUUUAUUAGUUGAUAAAGUAUGUUGAAAGUGUAUUUUAUUCUUAGUUUCUUCACAAUUGUUGCCGAAAGUCAUCCAACGAUGUAUAAGUUCAACGAAAACAAAAUUUUGGAACCAGAUUUAGUACCAGUUUCUUCAACAGUAAUACCUCUUCCAGUAUAUCAAGUAGGAUUUGGGUUGAAACUGCCCUCAACUCUUGAAAAUGAAAAACCAAACAAACCCGAAGGACCUGUUCACUUAAUCACUGUACACACGAAGCACAAGGCAAACUCCAGUGUAAGAUCCAAAACAUCAGAUUAUCCAACUGCAGAUAAAGUAUAGUGAAGAGUAGUAGCUAGUACAAUACUGGAUAUUUGUUAAUCAUAACCAAAUUAUUACUUUCGUUACCUGACAAGUUACCUUUCAUAUAGACAUAGGGAGAUUAUUUGUAUUAAUUAUAACGAAUAAUGUUAAGUGACUAAUAAAUACAGAACAAGUCACUUCAGAAUAGUACUCCAAAGUUUGCUGUUCAUUUCUUACUGAACCUGAAAGAAUCGAAAAAUUUACAGUUUGAAAAGACAUCGAACAUGAAGAAAUAAACAGUAAACGUCUUGUACAUUGAUUUUUCAUUGAUAUAACCGCUUAUUUAAUGAUUCUCUACUUUUUUGAAAAAUUACAUGUAAUCAAACUUGUAAUAGAAAAGCAUUGAACUUUUUGUUUUUGCCCAGGUUUUGACAAAACUCAACUUCAAACCUUUUUUCUCUUGACCGACUUUUUUUAAAACGGUUCAGUUGCAAACGAAUAAAUGGAAGGUAAUUUAACCCAGAAUAAUUCAUAUCGAACUGAUUUCCAAAUGACACUCAAAAUAAUCCUCUAUGCAAGCUUGGUUCAUUCCCUAUACAAUGUUUCUUCAUUCAUGUUAGUAUCAAGAUUAAUUUCAAAUUUAUGAAUUAUUGAAUGAAGCAUUGCAUUUUUUCUGCAUGUUCUCUAUUGUUCACAACGAUUAUGGAAAAAUUAACAAUAAAACAUAAGUAGCAAACGGUCGAAGAAACAGUAAACCAGUUUUUUUAUAGGGUGUAGCCCUCUUCAGCUUGGACGAUAGCUUCCAUUCUCCAAGGCUUUCCACGAAUUAGCAUCCGAAUAUACUUCUGGGGUAUGUUAUACCACUCCUUUAUGAGAGUAACACGAAGUUCAUUUUUGUUCGUGGGUGGUCUUCUACAACUUCUCACCCAUCUUCCUAGAUAGUCACAAACAUGCUCAAUAUGACUUGUAUCCUAGGAACUAGACGUUGAAGGAGUAUAUUGUGAUCGACAGUAUCAAAUGCCUUGCCGAAAUCCAGAAAGACAGUUAUGCAUUUUUGUUGAUUUUGGAAAUAAUUGUUGAUUUGUCUAACAAUUUCAAAAACUACGUUUUCUGUUUAUCUACUUUACAAAACACCAUAUUGUGAUUCAGAAACAAUAUUGUUAUUAUUGCAAAAUUGUAUAACUGUAUUUUGAGAAUAUUUCAGUGGAGUUAUUGAUCACAGUCACUAAUUUUUUAUAACCAGACUUGAAAAUCAGUAUUGUGAUUGAGUCUUUUAAAGAUAUGGGUAUUUUUUCAAAACUAAAUAUUGAAUUGAAAAUGUGCCAUACGGAUUCUAUAAAGUAUAUAUGAAGCUUUUUGAUAAGAAACUCAGAUAUUUUAUCAUGACCAGGAAGUUAUAUUUUUUAAUCCGGUAAUGAUAUCGAUCAACUCGUUUCUUGUUACUGGGUUUAGGAAUAUUGAGUUGGUGAUAUCAUAUUGCCUUCUGAAACGUGAACUGUACGCUUUUCUAUUUUACUUGCCAUAUAUUCACCAAUUAUGAGAAAAAAAAUUAUUGAUUUUUUUUAUUUAACAAAAAUUUAUCUCAUCUUCUCUUCUCUUCUCUACUGUUUGUUAUUUCGUUUAUAUUAUGCCCAACUUUCUAUAAAUCAUUUUAAAACUCUAAUAUUUCAUUGGUAUAGGAUUUCUUUCUAGUUUAUCGGAUGAAUUUUGUCAAGAAGUUUCUGUAAAGUUUAUAAUCAUUUUGUUGUUCUGCUGAGAAGUCGGCCAAAAUAUUUCGUUUAAUUUGUCUGUAUGGUGUAUAGAAAUCAGAAGACCAUGUGUUAUUCAUGAUUUCAAUUUUGUCUGUUUAUUUUAUAUUUUCACUUCUGUACAUUUGUCAAUAUGCUUUUCUAGUUCAACAAUACACGUAUUGAAUGCAGAUUCUGGGUCUCUGGAUUGCAUAAUGGGCUCUCAAGUUUAUUUAUUGAGUGCUUUCAUGACCUCAUUAUAAUUAGUGACGGUAUAUGAGUUUUCCGUACAUAUAUCGGUUAUUUUAGAAUUUUCAUCAACUUUUAGCGAUAACAGAGUAACAUGUAGUGAUCGGGUAUAUCACAUUUGAAUAUAUAAGAAUUGAUUUUA